CGCAGAUACUACAUCGUGCCGUAAAGGGACGGGUCGAAAUUGCGACGACUAAAAAUGGUCCCUCUAACCUCGUCCCGGGCGUCGGCGUCUCUUCUUCUCUUCGUGUUUUUGGUCAAGCAAGGCGCUUGCGUUCAACCAGAGUGCGAGUUUCAAGAAUUCCACGAGCUCUCCUCGCCGGUCAUCUCCUCUCUAAAGUUCAGGGUAACGGGACAACUGAACACUCCUUACAUACUGCAACAAGAUUGCGACGACCUGAAAAACGUUAACCAGCGAGUGGAAACGUUGCUCGAAGGAUGUAGCGCUGACAAAGACGAAGAUCUGAAGAAACGCAUAAAGGGCUUGCAGUUAACCCAGGAAUCUUUGUGCGGCAGCGAACUAGAGGAAGACCUGAACCUCUGGCAAGACUGUUUCGAUGCGAAGGUCUUCGCUGAAUGCAAGAAGAACGUCGCGGAGCGGCUGAGGAAGCUGGAACAAGACGGCGCUCUGGACGUGGCAGGAGAUCACCUAUGCAGAAACGAGUCGCUGGGCUUCCAGUGCGCACUGAAGGCGGGUGCCGGUUGUCCCGAGAAAGUGGAGAGGGCCAGGAAGGCCGUGGAAAACUACAUCAACUUACUCAUGGACGUGAAAACGUGUCGGAGGCCUGCCGAGUACGCUUGCGAGGGUGACCUGUUCGACCAUUGCUACUGGAUGGUCAUGAGCGGUGCAGCUGCGCGAUUGCCCCUUCUUCCGAGCGAUGCAGAAACUCUCUCUAAACAUUGCAAAGCCGCGAAAUCCGCGCCUACUUGCACAAGGAACUUGCAGAUCGAGCAAUGCCCCGAAGAGAGAAAAAAAAUUCUAGGUACCAUCGAGGAUGGCUUUCGAUCAAUCCCCGAUUCUAUUUGCAACGAAGAGCUUCCAGCAAGUGAAAAAAAUUGUCUUUGUUUGGCAGGCGUCGAAGAGUGGAACAAGUGCCUGGACCUGGAAGCCUUGGAGAAAUGCAUGUCCGAGAUUCCAAGACCUAAUCUGACGUUCGUCUCUGAAGCGGACGUGCACGUCCAUUUCUGCAGGGACAGAGAGGAGAAGCUCAAGUGCGAACUGGCGGCAGGCUCAAACUGUCCUUCCUCAGCCAGUGUGGCCAAGAAGGCCCUGUACGAACUUCACAUGCUAGAGAACACCCGCUACAACUGCACCCGACCCAAGAUCGACGGCUACGGUGGCAGCGGCUUCAGCACGACCCCCGCAAUCCUCGUCACGCUGUCAGCCCUGUGCGUCGCGCUACUUCCCCUGAAGCAGACGCUGCUCCGGGAUUUUAAUUAGAACCCCAGUCCAAGAGCAACCAGCGAUACUCAAAGCCCCCGUAUAGACCAACACUCCGUCUACAGACAAAUGACGUCUGCCGACGCUAUGGGCAGAGCGCGUGCGCAGAAAGCAGAUUUGUGUGGAUCAUUUGCGCCUUCGUCGGGCCUACAGCAGCGCAACGACGUGACAUCAGAGCCGGGUAAUUGUUUCUUUUCAGCAACAAAUUGUUAGCCACAAUUACAAACAUCAAAGAUUGCAAAAAAUAAAAUUAAAAAAAAUAGUAAGUAGCAAAAUAAUUAUCUAAAACUGACUGAUUUUUAAUUAGUGAGAAUACACAUAUGGUUCCAAAUUGUAAAACUUGCCGAGCAUCGUUAAAAAUUCCUAAAUCAGUCAAUUUUAGGACGACUCGAAGCACUUGGGGAGCACCGGGGUGCGCUAAAGUUAGCACUCGUGCAUCAAGCGCAAGGCCGGCGAUGCGAAAACAUGCAUGAUAAGAAUAUCAUGCACGCUCUCGCAUCGCCGCCAACCUUGCGCCUGCAAUCCGGUCAUUUGACGAAAUAAUUUUGAAACUGUGAACGAAUCUAAGAGAUGGGUGGAUAGAAGGAAAACUAUGGAGCGGAAUGCGUCCAACAAAAAUGGUUAAAACGACCCACAUGAUAAAAUGGUGCAAGGUACAGUACUUUACAAUGUAGACACCAUCAGAAAUUUUUUUUCGGAUUUGCACUUUUUUUGACAAUGGGCUUUGCAGUGUUCUUUUUUUUUUUUUUGCGAAACGGCCCAAAACUUUAUUUGUAUCCAUUAUGAAAACGGUGAUCUAUGAAAAUAAAUUGAGCAGCAAGUAAUGACAUGGUCCAGGAAACACGAGGAUGAAAUAUUCCUUUUGAAUGAAGCAUUUCCAAAAGAUUCUCGGAUGUAUUCUCAAUAGCAGUUUAUAAAUGCCUGACAAAUGAGUGCACGAGUGCAUUACAAUUUACAAACGACAAGCGUCCCUCCUGUAAUUGAAGCUGUAUAAAAGGAAACUAGCUCUCUUUCUUUCGACUGGAGGACAGAAAAAAUUGGGCUCAAAGUAAGUUUCCGAGCGUUGCUUUUAUUACAAAGAUGAGCGUAAAAUGACAACAAACAAAGAAUGGAUGAACAUCUAAGACGUGAUGAGAAGCGGUUUGACAGAGCUUCCGUCAAGCGGGGCGCCUCUUUCUUGAAGGAUGUCAUACUCGAGCGAUGCCUUCAAGACACGAAGAAGACCAUCAAGUUCCACUCACUGGUCUUAGUGUUGUUGUAGUCAAUCAUCCCUCCGAACACGCAAAUAAAAAAAUUUGUCGCCACGAA